UUUGGCCUCCAGGUGGCCCCCGGAAACGGAGAGCCGCUGUCUUUACUCAGUUACUGCGUUCUUUGCGGAGAGGCAGAUGAGUUAUGUCUAACUUGGUUAAGGCAAUGUCUAAGUUCCGUCUGGCUGUGGUGCAGCUCAAUGUUACGAAAGUGAAGGCAGACAAUCUGAGGAGAGCACAGGAGCUGGUGAAAGAAGCAGCGGGUCAGGGUGCAAAAGUCGUCGUUCUGCCUGAGUGCUUUAACUCCCCUUAUGGGACCAAGUUUUUCCCCGAAUAUGCUGAGAAGAUCCCCGGGGAGUCAACACAGGCUCUAUCACAGGCGGCCAAAGAGAACGGCGUCUACUUGGUUGGAGGGUCCAUUCCAGAAGAGGAUGGGGGAAAGCUGUACAACACCUGUCCUAUCUUUGGGCCAGAUGGUUCCAUGCUGCUGAAACACAGGAAGAUCCAUCUCUUUGACAUCGACGUACCCGGGAAAAUCCGCUUCCAGGAAUCGGAGACACUUAGUCCAGGCAGCAGUUUGUCAGUCUUUGAGACACCCUUCUGUAAGGUAGGCGUUGGGAUCUGCUACGACAUGCGGUUUGCUGAACUGGCCCAGAUCUAUGCCAAAAGAGGGUGCCAGCUGCUGGUUUACCCAGGAGCCUUCAACAUGACCACUGGCCCGGCCCACUGGGAGCUCCUGCAGAGGGGGAGGGCGGUCGAUAACCAGGUGUAUGUGGCGACAGCCUCUCCAGCCAGAGACGAAGCAGCUUCCUACGUGGCCUGGGGCCACAGCACGGUCGUCAGCCCUUGGGGAGAGGUGAUUACGAAAGCUGGAGUGGAGGAGACUGUGGUCUACGCCGACAUCGACCUGCAGUACCUGGCGGAGGUGCGUCAGCAGAUCCCCAUCUCCACCCAGCGGCGGGGAGACCUGUACAGUGUGAACGCUGUGCCGGAGAGCUAGCUGGCACUGGCCGGCUCGAACAUGCCCCAGCAGAGGUGGUGACUGGCACCAGAGCUACCAGCAGACACACACCAUGAUGUCUUCUGUGGGUGGAGAGCACUGAAGAAGGUUAUAUUCUACAGCUAGUGGGUAUGGAGGUGGACCAGGGUCCAUAACCUCAUCACUCUCUAUCUGGUUUGUAUUUAGAUUUAAAUAUAUUUGCUACUGAAGCAAUUACUGCCAGAUCCAGAUCAGAAGGUCACAUGAGAAUCAUGUUAUUUUGAAAGUAGCAUAUGUCAUUUUUAAAGAGAUAACUGCUAAUUUAUGACAUUAUUGGUGGUGUGUCUGUUACUGAUAGACGUUUCACUCAAUGUAAGAAUAAAGUGGAUUUCACAAUUUG